CGCAGGCGAGGACAGAGGACAGCAGGAUGGGUUUGGAGCACCCUUCUCUGAAAGCACCAUCAGGAGACAUGGGAACACCUGGCCCUCCCUCGGCCCUCACCCCCAGCCCUUUCGCAGCCCCUUCAUUUGUUUCUUUAUUCAGUCAACAAAAAUUUGCUGGAAGCUUGUUAUUCUGCGAUUUAUUGAACCACAGCAUAAGCCAACGGCACACCAGCUCCAUGGUGGGUGAUACUCAGAAAAGAGUCAGACCCUCAAGCUGCUCUCCGGGGGCUCCUGCCCAGUGUGGGGCCCAGUGUGGACUCAGCAGCCUCCCUGGCAUGGGGGUGAAGCGGAGCCUUCAGAGCGGGGGCACCCUGCUGGGCCUCUUGGCCAAUAUCCUCAUGAUUCUCUCCACUGCCACCAACUACUGGAUCCGCUUCCCAGGGGGCCACAGUGGCCUGUGGCAGGAGUGCAUCCGCGGCAUCUGCUCCAACAUGUCCUGCCAGACCAUGCAGGCGGUGACAGGGGCGUGCAUGGUGCUGGCGGCGGGCUCUGGCAUCGUGGGCUUGGUGAUGGGGCUGCGGAUUCUCUGCCGCGAGGGGGAGUUGCGGGGCCAGACUACGAGCGCUGUCUUCUUCCUCUGCGGCCUGCUGCUGCUGAUCGUCUUGACAGGCUACACGGUGAAGAAUGCGUGGAAAAACGAUGUCUUCUUCUCCUGGUCCUAUUUUUCGGGGUGGCUGGCUUUACCCUUCUCAUUUCUCGCGGGCUUCUGCUUUCUGCUGGCGGACAUGAUCUUGCAGAGCACAGAGGCCAUCAGUGGGUUCCCCGUGUGCUUGUGACCACAGCCUGCCUGGGGCAGAAUAAAGGAUCCGCUUCCACUGCCGCGGCUCCGCCUGCCUUUCUGCGGGACGUGAGAACGCGGUCACAGGCGACAUGAAUAGACGUGGGAACACGAACAGGAAGAGCACGGGGGUACAUGGAGCCUCAGGAAGGACAUGAGGACAUGAACCUAUAGGGAACAUGGAGACCUGGAGGGCACGGGCAUGGAGACACGAACCUGGAGUG